AUGAACAACAUUGGCAUUCCCCUGACCACAGUCAGGAGCAAUGCCUCUACCACCGGGGCCCGCAAACCCAACCCUGGAAACACGACGUCGUAUGAGUCCUCGGCGGACAAUGGCUUCGAAAAGUCCGAAGGCGUGCUGCAUAAGCGGCAUGCGGGACGCCGGCGGAGAAUGGGCAGCGACAAGCUGAGCCGCAGAGGCACCGACAGCUCCGACGAGAUUAGCGUCAAUGCUCUGGGUAGAUUCUACGCCAAGAUAGUCGGCUUCUCUGUCAUAACUCGUUACAUGGUCUACAUUGUCCCCGUGGGCAUCAUCCUGGCGGUGCCUGUUGUGGUCUUCCAUUUCACCAAGGUUGGCGACGGCACCUUUGUUGGCGGCAGAGACGGCCCUACCCUCUUCUACCUCUUCCUUUGGAUUCUCAUCACCUGGUGUACCCUAUGGCUGUCCAAAAUCGCCGCUUGGGUCCUCCCCAAGCUCUUCAUGUUCUUCUGCGGCAUCGUCAGCAUGGGCGUUCGAAAGUACGCCACCGUCUUGAAGAACAUGAGCAUCACCCUGUCGCUCUUCUUCUGGGCCCUUGCGGCCUGGCUCUCCUUCAAAGGCCUCUUCAACGACGCCUUGGUCAAAAACCUCGUCUGGGUCGUCAACAUGGAGCGAGUCCUCGGAGCCCUGUUUGUGUCUUUGGCCGUGCUCUUGGCGGAAAAGGCUCUCGUCCAGCUCAUCGGCGUCUCCUACCACCAGCGUUCCUUUGCCAACCGCAUCAAGGCCUCCAAGCGAGAGAUCCACCUUCUCGGCCUCCUGUAUGAUGCCUCGCGAGCGCUUUUCCCCAUGUACUGCCAAGAAUUUGCAGAGGAAGACUACAUCAUCAACGAUAGUAUCGAGAUGAUGUUGCGCGGGAAAAAGGGCAAGAUCAUCGGGGGCAACGGCGCCGCCACACCUAUGAAGAUUAUCGGCGACGUUGGCCGGUUCGGAGACAAGGUCACCUCUGUGGUUGGCCACGUGGCCAAGGAGAUUACCGGAAAGCAAGUCUUCAACCCCAACUCGGCCCACUCCAUUGUCCUCGAGGCCCUCGAGAAGAGGCUCCCGUCCGAGGCCCUGGGACGACGCAUCUGGAUGUCGUUUGUCCUCGAGGGCAAGGACACCCUGUACCUGGAAGAUUUCGAGGAGGUUCUGGGCCCUGCGUACAAGCAAGACGCCGAGGAGGCCUUCAAUAUGAUAGAUUCAGACUCGAACGGGGACAUCAGCCUCGACGAGAUGGUGCGCAAGACGGUCGAGAUGGGCACGGAGCGCAAGGCCAUUGGCGAAGGCAUGAAGGAUAUCGGGCAGGCCCUCAGAGUCUUUGAUAAGGUCUUGAUGUUUGUGGUCCUGUUGAUUACCAUUUUCAUUUUUCUUGCCUUUUUCCGCAGCAGCAUCGUCGCCACCAUUGCCACGGCCGGCACUGCGCUCCUUUCAUUGUCCUUUGUCUUUGCCGUGACCACGCAGGAGUUUCUCGGUUCUUGCAUCUUCCUCUUCGUCAAGCAUCCGUACGACGUGGGCGACCGCAUCGAAGUCGGUGGUACGCAGAUGCUGGUUGAGAGGAUCUCUCUGCUGUACACUGUCUUCACCAAGACUGCUCAGAACCAGGUUACCCAGGUACCAAACAUUGUGCUGAAUAAUCUUUGGAUCGACAAUGUCACCCGCAGCAAGGCCAUGACGGAAUCCUUCAAGGUUGACGUGUCGUAUGACACGUCGUUUGAAGACAUUGAGCUGCUCCGGGCCGAGAUGGAAAAGUUCGUCAGGCACCCCGACAACUCUCGUGACUUUAAGCCGGAUUUCAUUAUUGGCGUCGCGGGCGUCGGCGACCUCGACAAGCUCACUCUGGAAAUCUCCAUCCAGCACAAGUCCAACUGGCACAAUGGCAUCAUCCGGGCCACGCGUCGCUCCAAGUUCAUGUGCGCCUUGGCUCUCGCUCUCAAGAAGGUCCCCAUCUACGGCCCCGGGGGCGGCGCGGAGCCUCUGGGUGGGCCCGCCAACCCAACUUAUUCGGUUGCCGUGACGGACGAGUGGGCUUCCAAGAGCCGUGACGCUGCGGCCCAGGAGAAGGACGCCGCACGCAUAGCCCCUCUCGGACCUGGCGAGACAGAAGCCGACAAACGUGCGGCUGAGGAGCACGCCGCGGCGGAACUCAAUGCCCGGUCGUUGGCCGUGGAAACCUCGGGGAACUGGGGAGACGUCCGUGACGACCGAUCCGUCUCGCUCCGAUCGCCCCGGUCGCCGUCCGAAGACCGCCAGCGUGUCAAGGAAAUCGAGACGGUCCGCAGCGAGCUCCUCAAGAAGGAGAGCCAGCGUGGGCGUCGAAAAGCCGGCGAGGGACUCCAGACACUGAGUCCCACGGAGACGCAUGGGACGCACCCCGCGCAAGGCGCUCGGCUGGGGACGUUUGACGAAGAAGCCCAGACUGGCAUCCCGCAGCGCUUCUACAGCGUCGGUCGCAGCCACGAGCCUCGUCUCUCGGAAGGAGAGGAGAGACUGCGCCUAACUGCGUCUCGCAGCGCAGGCGGUUCGGCGCAUAAACCAUCGCGGGGUCCCUCGCCCGGUCAUCGUUGA